GAGCAUGCAAAUCAACAAUACAAACGUUCGCCAAAAUCGUGAACUUGGCAAAUCUUCCCCGCCUUCAUGAAAAAAAAUCCAUCCUUUGACAACCUGGUUCUAUUUCUUUUGGUCAUAUACUUGAGUAGCUUUUCAUGCAAACUUCAGUUGGCGAAGUUGGGCUCUACAUGAAUAGACUGCAAUUCGUUCUAGGGUUCCGUCGACCUUUCGUCUUUCUGCAAUGGGAGCGUUGACAGUUAAUCGGAAGCGCGGCGAGGAUUAUUUCAAGGUGUGUUGCCGAAACGAGGCGCCCAAUCUCAAUCAGGUUUCGAAAAGGCCGAGGCUUUCUCUAACCAGUCCUGAUUUACGCGGACGCCUCACUGCCAAUUCCGUAGUUUCCAGGUUUUAUCGUUACCCUGAAGUCGUCGCCCCUAUAAAAAGAGAAAUCCACGCUCCUUGCAGACGGACCAGGUUCGGGGUUUCUGCGAAUUCGAGGUAUUCUUCGACCAGCUGUGAUUUUAGAGAGAAUUCGUGUAGUGAAAUGGGGAAUAUCUUUACUGGACUGUUUAAGAAGGGGAAACCAACUGCACCGGAUGGCUUAAGGCAUAGACCGCAACCUUAUGAGGUCAUUGAUAUUGAUGAUGAUACUGGGAAGGGAAAUGUUUCUAAGGUUUCGUUUAUGGAGGAGGCUGAAUCUUGGGAGAAGGCAAGAAUAGCUUCUCCUCCAAAGGGUGGCCAUGGGGAUGUUGACAUGUUAGACAAUUUUGAAAAGCAUGAAAUGGAGAGAACAACGCACCCACCAAGUUAUCCAGGGGCAACAGUAGUGAACAAUGCAAAUGUGGAUAUGGACUUUUCAGUAAAGGCACCUAACCUGAUGACAUUAUCCAAUCAUGAAUUUGAUAACAUGGACCUUCCUGUGUACAAGAGGUUGCUUAAUGAUCUCAAUAAGAAAUAUAAAGAUAUUACUUUCAGCACCCGAAAUUUUCAGAUUGAAUUACAUGAGAAACGCCUUCAAACGUGUCAAUUGUUGAGGAAGACAAAGAAACCAGAAGAGUUGAUCGAGGAUGUGAUUACUGAACCCUUUGCUCCACUCACUGAUGAGGAAAAUGCUGAGGUUGCUCAUGCCUUUUCAGGUUCGAAUAGGAGAAAAGUCUUGGUAACUCAUCGUAACUCCAAUAUUGAUAUUACUGGAACAUUAUUGCAGUGUUUAGAACCAGGGAAAUGGCUGAAUGAUGAGGUUAUUAAUGUAUAUCUUGAGUUGCUAAAAGAGAGAGAGACAAGAGAGCCCCAUAAAUUCCUGAAAUGCCAUUUCUUUAACACCUUCUUCUACAAGAAGUUAAUAAAUGGGAAGGCUGGCUACAAUUAUCAAUCUGUGCGAAGAUGGACUUCAAAGAGGAAAUUGGGAUACUGCACAUUUGAAUGUGACAAAAUUUUUGUCCCCAUUCACAAAGAAAUACAUUGGUGUUUAGCUGUCAUCAACAGGAAGGAUAAAAAAUUCCAGUAUCUUGAUUCGCUAAGAGGAAGCGAUAAUAAUGUUCUGAAAGCGUUGGCUAGAUACUAUGUAGAUGAAGUGAAGGAUAAAAGUGGUGAGGAUAUUGAUGUUCAUUCAUGGGAUAGAGAAAUAGUUGAAGACCUUCCUGAGCAACAAAAUGGGUUUGACUGUGGCAUGUUCAUGAUUAAGUAUGCAGAUUUCUAUAGCAGAAAUAUAGGAUUGUGUUUUAAUCAGGAGCACAUGCCGUAUUUUCGUGUGAGAACUGCAAAAGAAAUUCUAAGGCUAAAAGCGGAUUGAUCAAACCCCAAAUAUGCUCCUGUGUGUUUAUUUCCAGGGAACAGAUAACAGAAUGCCAGUUUUGAUUGAAUGAGAUGUGUUGUUUGUCUGUAGGGGAAAAAUCAGUAGCUUUUCCAUUGUUCAUGGCUUCUAGAAUUUCUAGGGUUGGCUUGUUGACACUUGAGUAACGUACCUAGAUAUGAGUCAUGUAAUUCAAUUAUUCAAAUAAUGUGUUUCUAUAAAUAUGACCACUCAUAUGAUCUUUCUAUAUUUAUGAACUUAACUACUUAAGUGACCACUGCUGGACCACUGGUGGGUGGUUUGCUUAUUGCUGCGUUAUAUCUUGGUGAGGGUUUGUGAUUUCUUGUAAAACUCACUGCUUCGUGAAUAGAUAUUAAUAUAGAAAAGGACUAUUUGCCAG